UCGGGUAUUUCCGGAAGCUGCUGUUCCGGAGCGGCUGGCGGGCGGUGGAUCGGGCGGUAAUAACGCGCUUCCCGCGCGGCCCCUCACAGAUCGAUUGACAGAUCCAGUUCCAUCAGCGGCGUCCCUGCUGCCUGAGGCGGCUCCUGCCCGAGGAUCUGAGGCCCAGUCAGGGAGCGCCAAAGGAUAUGGCGACCAACGGUGACCCCUCUCGCCCCCUGUUUGGAGGCUCUUUCUCGGCGAUUAUCCCGCCUCAUUCGAUAGAUGUCAGUGAAAUCCGUGAGAUCCCGGAUAACCAGGAAGUUUUUAUCCACAGUGGGACGGACCAGAGCAUCAUCAUCGAGCUACUGGAACACCAGAUUCAGGUGCCCGAUCAGGAGGCAGCCAGGUACCACUUUGCUGAUAUCACGAGCUGUAAUGAUGCAACAGGAGUGGAGGGCACAGAGAUCCUUAGUGUGGAGUCCGUCAGCAGUGACCAGAUUGCACUGCAGGAUCCCAGCAGCACCUGGUUCCUCUCCGGGAAACAGCGGGUGGCCAAAUUCAACGAGCAGGCCAGAAAUACAGUGGCUAUCCACCUGGCACUGUUCAGGCUCCCUCAAUAUUCUACCGAUAUUCUCAUCACAUUUAACGAUCCAACAGUAAUCAGCCCUUUCAGCAGCAGUACAGGAGUUACCUCUACUCAGGCAGCCGGGACGUCAGCCAGCACCCCCCAGCUCUGGACCCUGGAGCAGUUCCGAGCCACCGUGCAGUCCUUCCGGCUCCUGGACCCAGCCAUCUUCUCCUGAACACGUGGUCGAACGGCGUGCCUCGGAGACGACGAGAAGGCCCGGCCCUAGCCUUGGGCCACUCGCUCACAACGCCAAGAUUGAGAUGGUGACGCCAUUUUGGAAACGUGAGCGGCUAUUUUUGGGUUGAUUUUAGGGAGGCUCUGUCCAAUCAUGGAAGGGAGUUUUCUUUGAUCAACGACAAGACACAAUGCUGCCUGAUUCUACAGACUUACCUGGGAACAGGAGGAGGCCAUUCAGCCCCUCCACCCUGUUUCAUCAUUCAUUGAGAUCUUGGCUGACCUGCAACCUAACUCUGUACACCCACCUUUGCCCCACAUCCCUAAUACCUUUGGUUAACAAAAAUCUAUCAAUCACAGAUUUGAAAUUAAUAAUUGAUCCAGCGUUAACUGCCGUUUGCAGAAGAGAGUUCCAAACUUCUGUGAUCCGUUGUUUGUGGAAGUGUUUCCUAAUUUCACCCCACAAGGUCUGGCUCUAAUUUUUAGACUAUGUCCCCUAGUCCAAUACCCCACCCCCCCACCCCCACUAACAGAAAUAGUUUCUAUCUACCUUACCAGCUACCCUUAAUAUCUUGAAGACUUAGAAGAUUAGGGAGUGAUUUAAUCAGAUUUCCAGGGAAUUUUGUCGUAGUCCAGUAAGAAAGAACUAGGGUGGUGAAUUGUGAAGCCAUGUUUGCAAACUGGCAUCUCUAUCUGUGUUACAAUAUCUCAUUCCAUUUAAUCCCUUGUUAAUGCUCCAUUUGUACAGGUUUAGCUUCAAAGGUAUAAAGAAGGGGCUCUGAUUCAGGAGAUGGGGGGGCUAUUGCGCUGCAGAAGGCCUUACGGCCAUUUUUGGUUCUGCCCUUUGCCCCACUAUCAGAUGGGUAUCUUGUUGGCACCCCUUUGUAGGACAGAGGCUGAUUGCGGGUUCCUGACUGUGCCCAGGCCGGGUUUGGUUAAUGCACCAACGAGUCAGGGGUUAUAUAAGCUCAGGACCGCACUGGGCAGGAAAUUCAGUGGUCCAUUCAUGGCUGAAUGUUUCGGCCCAGAGCACCUCUUCCGUAUUCUAGCCAAAGCUGCCCACAGAGAACCACUGGAUAGGCCUGACAGUGGAAUAGUGAUGGCUGUGUGGCCUUCAGCACCAUCACGUGCAGAUGUUCUGGGAGCCGAAUGUUAGGGAGAUGUUUGCGUUAGAAGAACUUGCAUUUGUAUAACGCCUUCCACCACCUCAGGACGUACCAAUGCGAUUUGCAACCAAUGAGGUGCUUUUUGAAGAGCAGGCACUGUUGCAGGAAUCACAGCACCCAAUUUGCACAUGGCAGUCUCCCAAAAAAAAAAGUUGUAUGAUUUUUGACCAGGUAAUCUGUUGGGUGUUGGAUAAAACAUUGACCCAGGAAAACUGCCUAUUUCUUCUUGGAAAACUAUUUUCUAUGUAGAUCUUUUACAUCUACUCGAGAGAGAGAGAGAGGAGGUGUGACCUUGGUUUAAAGUGUCAUUGCACUUGGAGGGCCAGCCUGGAAUCUGGCUUUCGGGAGGGAUUAUUAACACACAAUCUUCAAACUCAGAUGAGGCUGGUCGCCACUGCUACUCGCAGUUGACAUCUAAAGAAUUAAGGGUUUCGCCUUCUUCUUUGAAGUCCUGGUUUCUUUAGAGCCUUGUUGGAAGGUUUGUAUUACUUGAAUACCAAAUAGAUCUUUUAGAAAAAUCCACAAAAAAAGUCUAUGUAACGUCUUUUGAUCAUGGUGCCCACACUAAUGUUAAUUUAACCUUAGUCCCUUCACCUAGAUUAGGCUGCUCAUCCAGUGGUAAUAGCCCUGGCAUUAGAGCACCAGUCAGAUCCUGGUUAAAAACUAAAGAGUUUAACUUGUGAAUGGCUGAGCCACAGGAAGAUGCCAUUCAGCCCCUCAAGCCUGUCCCGCCAUUCUGUUCGAUGCUAACUGAUUUGUUACUCGACUGAGUGGAAAUAGUGUUAAGCCACAGACCAGACCUGUUAUGAUUGGAUGGUGGAACAGGCUAGAGGGACUGAAUGGCCUCCUUCUGCUCCUACGAAAGGUCUCUCCGCGCCUUGCAUGUCAGUGGAUUUUAACCCAUGGUAGCAGCAGAGGGAAUAGGAUUAGUUUCUAUGCCUGUGUUAGGGAGGGGAAAUCCUCCGAGGGUUACGACCAGGUAAGGAGGGGUUUCCCUCCCUUCGUUUGACCGUUUUCAAUAAGCAUCUCCUUGCCAAUUUAGUGUAUACUUAACUGUUUAUGUGCUGUGAUCAUAAAGAACCAAUCAGACAGGUUUUUGUGAGUUUAACAAAGAAAGAGGUGAGUAUACUUAUACUUAAGCCGAUCUAAUUAAAAUAAUAAAAACGCUCCAACUUCCCCACACACGCACAGACAUUCAAAACUCACGCGUAAACAGAAUAGAGGAGGUAACAGAGUAGAGGAGGUAACAGUAGAGGAGGUAACAGAGUAGAGG